AGCUCAUAGUAAAGAAACAUCAGACUAAAGUUUGCUGGUUGUUUACUGGACACACAGACUAAAAGAUGAGUCUCAUUCAGUCCCUGCUCUGUGAUUGUGCUCUGAAUCACUCCACCUUGCCAACCAGGUGGGAGUCGAAUCAGUUAAAGAAGGAAAUGGUCCAAAUUCACUGCAGCAGGAACUGAGAGACUCUGAUUAUUGGUUGGGUGAAGCUCCAAAAAACAAGAUCCUACCUUUAGAUUUGAUUCAGUCACAACUAAGAGACACGAUAUACUUCUGCUAUGUAGUUUUGGAGAACAAAUUAAAACUCAGAAUAUUAUUUGCAGAAUUAAUGAGGUAAUCUCAUCAAAACUAGCUGAACCUUCACAAAACACAAUACCAAGCAACAGAAGUGGUGCACGUCCACAAAGAUGGUGCUACCACCACAGUAUUUCAUGCUAACAAUACAAACAAAAUGCAAUAUAAACACUGAGACUACAGAUUCAAGGCCAAAACAAGUUAAAGUUAGAUGGAGUUCAUACCUGUUUUACUGCAAUAUGAAAGAUCUAAAAUGGCCCAAAUGUGAUCAAAUCUGUCUCUACUGACACUUUGCUCUGCUUCACUUUAUGAGCAACAGUCUCGACAGACUGUUCAGAUGUCGUGCUGUGAUUUUUCUUCAGGUUUUAGGCUGCAGCUGCAUCGUUCCAAGGAGAGUUUCACUCAAAAAAAAGCAAUAUGUUGUGGGAAAAAAACGAGAUAUUUAAUUCAUGCAGCGCUCAAAACACACAACACAUUUUCAACUUUGUAGCUCUCCGAAGCUGCUUUGUGAAUAACUCUUACUGGGCUCCUCUCUAUUCUAAGCGUAAAUUCUUAGAAAACGUCACAGAAUGUCACCACGAGGAACUGUUUGUACUGGGAAGCUUUAUAAUAAGGCCCCAUUUGUUUAAACCCACUUCCUCCUGCCAGGGAUAAAACACAUUCACACCUGUAGACGGUAACGUGAGCUUGAACUCAUAUCUUAUCUGUGAAAUAAUACAGUUAAGAAUCUAACUGAUGCAGGUUGAUUGAUAAGUGAAGCUGGUUAAUGUUUUCGAAGCAAAAUAUUUUGCUUGACUAAAAGAUAAGUUCGCGUCCCGUCAGUCGUGCAGCGAAGGUGCUGAUCCAUCUCCAACACUUCUGCUUUCUUAGCUUUUGUGAGCUUACUACACACGAUACACUUACUGAGAUCAUCUGAUCCCAAAGCUCUGCCAGGAAGCUGUUUUUUUCUUCUUCUUCUUCUUCUUUACUUCCCAGUGUGGUGGGAUAAAUGAGGCACAUGGAAGUAAUUUGCAAACUAGGGAAGUGAUAAAGGAAAGUGGUGAAAGCAUCUUUCUGUCCUGCACCGAAGAAGAACGACUCAUCAGCUUUAAGGUGACGAGACGCUUCAAGGGACUGAAGAUGACAAACCUGACACUUCUCACGUUUGUCCUCCUGCUGACCAAUCACAGCUUCUCACUCUCCAGGCCACGGUGUCACCGCUGUGAGCAAACCUCCUGCGACUGCUCCAAACAAAACCUGAAGGACGUCCCUGCAGCGUCCUCAAAGCUCGUCAGCAAACUCGACCUCUCAUUCAACCACCUGUCGACAAUAAUGAGAGACGACUUUGUUGCAUAUGCCAGUUUGGAGUCGCUGAUCGUGAAUAACAACAUGAUCCGAACGAUCCAGGAGCAGGCGUUCGACCCGCUGACUAAUCUAACUGAACUGGACUUAUCCUCAAACCAACUGGACAGUUUGUCUGCUGAGUGGUUUGAGAGCCUCGUUUCUCUUCAGCACUUGAAUCUUUUAGGGAACCGCUACAGAACGUUGGGUCAAGGUAACGUUUUCCAGCCGCUGAAGAGAUUAAAGACCCUACAUUUUGGAGGACUUGACUUCCGGUCUGUCAGACAGAGCGACUUUUCUGGCCUCGCUUCACUCGAAGAGGUUGUUUUUGAUGGACAGAACCUGCAGGCCUACGCAGAGGGAAGUUUGAGACGAGUCAGGCCCCUUAAACAUGUGGCGCUCGCCCUCGGCGGUCCGUUUAAGAAGAAUCAGGCACUCGUCGAAGCUGUGCUGUCAGAUGUUGCGCACCCAAACACAACGCUGACAUUCACAAACACAAGUUUCUUCAGAGAUCGACAAAUGAUCCUGUUCAGAGCGCUAAAUGAGGGCGGAACAACAGACAUCACUUUUAAAAACGUCAAAAUUACACUUGGAGCUUUUGUUGCGUUUUUUUAUAUCAUGUCAGACUCAAAUGUAACCAAGUUUUCAGUUAUAGACACAAAAAUCUUCUUAAGUUUAUCUCUCAGGCUCCCAAACGACCUACACUUCAGGGGUUGGGAGGAGGUGGUGUUGAUAAACGUUGACAUCCCUCAAUUCUACAAUUUCCCAGCGCUCUUUUUCCUCCAACCUCUGCUGAACGUGGUGAGAAGGGUGUCCUUGAUAAACUGCAAGCUGUACAAUGUCCUUUGUGAAAACUCCAGAGAUUUCUCACAGCUGGAGUACAUAGACGUCAGCGACAACAUGCUGAACGACGACACCCUCGGCGAGAUGAUGUGCCACGGCGAGGUUAGUUUUCCCAGUCUGCGAACCUUCAACCUCAGCAGGAACAACCUGCAGUCGAUCGACAGCCGGCUCUUCACCAAACUGCACGAGCUUGAAAACAUUGACCUGAGUGGAAAUGCGGUUCACAGAACGCCUGACACUUGUCACUGGCCACCAAGGCUCCAAUUCUUAAACCUUUCAUCGGCUCUGUUGGUAGAAGUGACCGCUUGUCUGCCAAAAACUUUACGCGUCCUCGAUGUAUCAGACAACGCCUUGACCGUGUUCACCAUCCAGCUCCCGUAUCUCACAAAGUUAUACAUCUCCGGAAACAAGCUCAGUAGUUUGCCAGAAGCCAGUUUAUUUCCUCGCCUCUCAUUUCUCUUUGCUGAAAACAACGACUUACAGACGCUGAGCAGCACCCAUCUGAAUGUCUACAAUAAUCUCACGACUAUAGAGGCUCGUGCUAAUUCGUACGUCUGUUCGUGUGAAUUUGUAGCGUUCAUGACGAGCGACCUGACGCAGCAAAGAGUCACGAUUGGAGAUGAGAUCGAGUCGUACGUCUGCGACUCCCCUGACGCCAUGAGAGGAAAGAGCGUGACCGACGCGAGGUUGUCAGUGUUUGAGUGUCACAUGGUUUUAGCCUUGUCCGUCCUCUUUGCAGGCAUCCUGGCAGUGAUUCUGCUCGUUGCAGGUUUGUGUCAUAGAUUCAGCGUUCUGUGGUACAUGAGGAUGACCUGGGCCUGGCUGAGAGCUAAGAGGAAGCCAAAGCUGAAAAAGGGAGAGCUGGAGUUCGACGCCUUUGUGUCUUACAGCGAGAUGGACUCCGGUUGGGUGGAAACACAUCUGGUCCCGGAGCUGGAGCAGACCGAGCCUCCUCUCCGGCUCUGCCUCCACAAGAGAGACUUCCUUCCUGGAGGCUGGAUCUUGGACAACAUCAUGGAGGCCAUCGAGAAGAGUCACAGAACUCUGUUCGUCCUCUCUCAGCACUUCGUCAAUAGUGAGUGGUGCAAGUACGAGCUGGACUACACCCAUUUUAGACUGUUUGACCACAACGAUGACGCGGUUGUGCUGAUUCUGCUGGAGCCCAUCGACAAAGACACAAUCCCCAAAAAGUUCUGUAAGCUGCGGAGAGUCAUGAACUCCAGGACGUACCUGGAGUGGCCUGAUGAUGAUGGUCAGAUCGUCAGGUUCUGGCAAAGUUUGAGAUCGGCGAUCAGAAGACCUGAGAGUGAUGACAGAAACGGCGUUGAAGAAACUCUGGACUUUGCUGAGCAGCGUCUCUGAAACUGUGUCACUCACAAACAAACAACUGGGGACG